AAACGGUACUACUAAACCCUUCAAACCUAAAAAUAAAAAAUAAAAACUUAAACCCUAGUGAGUCCUCCCUCGACUCUUGGCCACCCAACUCGCCGACUCUCUCUCUUUUCAUCUCUCUCCGGCCGGGACUGUUUCUCUCUCUCGCAUAUUUUCAUACAAAAUCGAUGGGGAAGAAGAGGAAGCACAGUGAGACCGUGGUGGUGGCACCGGAAAAGAAGGACGAUACCGCUGCAGAGAGGCCUCAAAGGACACUUUUGGGUUGGAAGGAUAAGAAAAGUGAAGCCCAAGAGAGUGAAUCCACCACCCCAUUUUUCAGGAACAAAGAGAAGGUUUUGGUCACUUGUUCUCGAAGAAUUAAUUUCAGGUAUCGUCAUUUGAUGUUGAAUAUAGUCUCACUUUUGCCUCACUGUAAGAAGGAUAACAAGGUUGAGUCGAAGCAAAGUAAGGGUGCGGCACUUAAUGAGCUCGUUGAGCUCAAAAAUUGUUCUUCCUGUCUGUUUUUUGAGUGCAGGAAACAAAAGGACCUUUAUCUAUGGAUGUCAAAGUGUCCCAAUGGGCCAUCUGUGAAAUUUUUAGUUAAUGCUGUGCACACUAUGGAGGAAUUGAAGCUUACCGGGAAUCAUCUUAAAGGAUCACGACCCCUUUUAACGUUCUCAUCCAAUUUUGAAAACAAACCACACUGGAAACUUUUGAAGGAGAUGAUAAUACAGAUAUUUGGGAUUCCAAAGGAGCACAGGAAGUCUAAGCCAUAUCAUGAUCAUGUCUUUGUAUUCUCCAUCGUUGAUGAUCACAUUUGGUUCCGUAACUAUCAGAUAGCAGUUCCUCAUAAUGAAUCCGACAAAAUCGCAAGAAGGGGCUUGGAAAACAUGACCCUUGUUGAGGUUGGUCCACGAUUUUGCUUAAAUCCAAUCAAAAUAUUUGGUGGCAGCAUUGGAGGGCCAACGCUAUAUGAGAAUCCAUUUUACAUAUCACCAAACCAGAUUCGGGCAAUGGAGAAGCGGAAAAAGGCUGGAAAGUAUGCUAAGAAAGUCAAAGCAAAGACAAGAAGAAAGAUGCAUGAGCAAGAAAAUCCAUUGGAGCCUGAUGAAUUUGCUGGUAUGUGGAAGGAGUGAUUUUCUCUUGAAAGGAAACAGAGCCUUGAAACCAUGUUGUAUUUUUUCUAAAAUGGCAAAUUUUGGUAAACUGUUUUGGGAUAGUUUCAUAUAAAAUUUUGUCUCCCUGGUGAAUUAGCUUACUCAUUUAUGAAAAAAAUGAUUUUGAAAAUCGACUUCAGUGUUUUUUUUCUUAGAAGAAUGUUGAAUUGUGGUUUUUUUUAUAUCAAAAUUAGUGUAACUAAUAUAUUUUAUAUUUCUAUAUUUAUCAAUUGCACAUUUCAUUC